GUGCACUGCGUCCAUUCAAAAACAACCCUCAAGCUCGUCGAGCGCUACCCGCCUGGGCAGAUUUGUUCGACUCGACCUCAACCUUGCAAGUGGAGCUUCGAAUUCGCGAAGCGUGACGACGUCAUCUACACAUCAGUAGUGGCAGUAUGCCAGGAAACGCGUGUGGGUCCUGCAACAAAUACUGUAUGCUCGAAAUACUUGAAUGAACACCAGCGGGAUCGGUGCACUACACUAGAGGAACAUCACCGCCAGAGGAGAUUAUAAUUAUGCCGGGCCUGGUGAAGAAGCUCCUCAUUUGUGCCGCUGUUGAUGGCUUGCUAUUGCAGCCCGUGGUCUCCGACAAGAGCUUCAGCAGUGAUACUCUCAAGAUCGAAUACGGCACCCGCAAACCACGUUCGACUAGCAAGCGAGAGGAGGUUGAAGGCCAGAGCAAGCUCGAAGCACAUGGCAUUAUUGGCGUACUCGACCUAGUGUCAAGCUCAUAUUUAAUAUCGAUCACCAAGCGUGAACAAGUGGCGCAAAUCCGCGGUCACCCCAUUUAUGCCAUCCGCGAUGUCGCGUUGAUCCCAUUGUCAUCGAAAUCUGCCGCGGAGCAAGCGAUCGCGGCAUCCCAGCGCCUCUCUGCAAGAGAGUCGGCCGAUUUACUUGCCGACACCGCAGGAGAACAUACUGAUGAAAGUGACGUCGGUGAGGAUGCAGAAACCGCAAGCCUCGGAGGCGAGGAACGAAAUGUGGAACAGGGGCCAGAAAGCGAAGGAUCGGCGUUGGAAGCACCGAAGACUGCACUCAAGCAAAGCGCUACUUACGUGAAAAAUGUUGUCCAGGAAGGCACACGGCAGAAAAGUCUUGCUGAGCGAUGGUUCAGUCGCGGUAACAAGACGGCCACUACAGGCGACCAAAGCACCGAUAAAACUGUCGAAGGCAGUAAGGACGAAUUGACCGUGGAGCAGCAGAAACAGGCAGCACAAGAUCUUCCUACUCAGGAUGCAGACGCGGCACAGCUUGAGAACAGUGGUCCGCAGGACGCUGCUCAUGACAAUCUCUCUCUCGGCAAGAGGAGAGCCAUCGAAACGUUGAACCCGCGAAUCCUCAGGAGCGCCAGGCUUUAUUUCGGAUCAAGCGGUUUCUACUUCUCCUAUGAGCAUAAUCUGUCGAAAUCAUUGGGCCAUCCCGACGAAGAGUCUUUGCAAACGGCGCUCUGGAAGCGAUUCGAUGAUCUAUUCUUCUGGAAUCGAAAUCUUUUGACACCAUUCACUGACGAGGGUCGAGAUGCCUUCGCCUUGCCUAUUCUCCAAGGAUUUGUCGGACAGCAUGAGUUCACCAUGGCUCGCACGAACCAACAAGGAAAUAUCCAGUCCAAGGUCGUACAAGAAGGUGAAAACGUCACAGCCGUUGAAGACAGCGAGCCACAUGGAACACCCUCGGGCAGCGCGGAUGCAGGAGUCUCCAAUCUCCUACUCACUCUGAUUAGCCGGCGGUCAAUCCAACGCGCCGGUCUGAGAUAUUUACGGCGGGGUGUGGACAACGACGGUAAUGUGGCCAAUAAUGUCGAAACCGAGCAGAUCCUCUCCUCGCAAUCCUGGAGUAAAACAGAGAAGGAAUUCUCCUUGACCCAGAUCCGCGGAUCGAUUCCACUCUUCUUCUCGCAGAGUCCGUACAGCUUCAAGCCUAUUCCGACUAUGCUCGGCUCGGAGGCGACCAAUAAAGCUGCUUUUGUCAAGCACCUCACUUCCCUGAGUCAACGCUAUGGCCGUGUACAGAUGGCUUCCUUGAUUGACAAGCAUGGCACCGAAGUCAGUAUAGGAGAAGCUUAUGAAACACAAGCGAACGCACUCAAUGAUGAGGGAGGCAUUGGUGGAAGGAAGGUGGGGUUUGAGUGGUUUGAUUUCCACGGGGUCUGCAAAGGCAUGAAUUUCAAGAAUGUCUCGAUCUUAUUGGACACAUUGCAAGAUCCACUCAACUCGAUAGGCUGGCUGGUGAGACAAGGUGAUGAGACUUUGUGGGAACAAUCGGGCGUUUUGCGUACAAACUGCAUGGACUGUCUAGAUCGGACAAACGUAACUCAGUCCGCCGUCGCCGGAUGGGCCUUGGAGAGACAGCUUGCCGAGCUGAACCUCAGUAUCGAUCUUCAGACAGACCCUGGCACACAAUGGUUCAACAUCCUCUGGGCAGACAACGGCGAUGCCAUCUCGAAACAAUACGCCGGAACAUCGGCCUUGAAAGGCGACUUCACCCGCACGAGGAAACGUAACUGGAAAGGUGCCCUGUCGGACUUUAGCCUGACAUUGAACCGAUUCUACAACAAUGUUUUCGGAGACUACUUUUUGCAAACGUGCAUUGACUACUAUCUCGGAAAUGCAGGCCCCGAAAUCUUCGAUGAAUUCGAGACAGAUAUGAUGGCCCAGGACUAUGCGUUCGAUAUGAGCCACGUGCGACAGAAUGCGAUUGAUACAUGUAUCAAGAUGGUCGUCGAAGACCCGCAGGAGAAGUUGCUUGGCGGAUGGAAACUAAGCUGUCCACGUGAAGCAAACACGUUGAGGACUUUGCCAUUCGAGGAAUGCGUCCUCUUGUUGACCAGUGCUGCGGUGUAUUUCUGCCGGUUCGACUGGAACUCGGAAAAGGUCGGCAGCUUUGAGCGUGUCGAUCUGCUGGACGUAACGCAGAUCUGGUUUGGGACCUACAUCACCAGCACUCUCGGGGCAGCGCACGUCGACGCUGCGAAGAAUGUCGGCUUCGCUCUACGAUUCAACACCGGUGGGCCGGCGGUCAUCAGGACCAACACCCGCAGCCUGCAGAAUGAGCAGGUUCCUACGGCAGAAGGGCACGAGGUUGAAAAAUCAGCGGGCGGGGAACAAGCAAAGCAGGUCGACAAACCCACCAACCCAGAGACGAAAACAAGGCUGCUGGCGUUUAAAGUACUGCCUCCCAAAGCCAUGGCAGCAAAGAAUAAACGUCCGGAGAGUCAGGAACACAACGAGGUCAACACAGCUAAGAUUGUGUGCUCAGAUAUUCUAAAGGCCGCAAAUGCAGCUGCCAAUCAGAACCAGAAUCCGCAUUCGACGCUCGCGGUUGAAGAGCGUGACGUUGUCUCGGCCGCUGAUGCGAGAAAGAACACAGGCUAUGUAGAGUCACUGGGCUAUUCGCUCAAGAGGCUAGUGUGGUCUUGAAGGAUGCUGCUUGGAAGGUCCGUUCACAAAUUGCGCACUGCAGCACGAGCACGGAAGUUAUGCGUAUUGCCACUUAUCUCUUUGAUUGCGCGAGGGGAUGAAAUAAUGAAAAUACGAGCACAGUCUGAACAAAUUUCCUGUGAAGGUCGAAGGGCGUGAUAUUUGCAGUUGACAGCCCGUGAAUUCCGCCCAAUUGGCAGGCAAGCAUUG